AUGAUUGUGGAGAAUAUCUCCGAGAGUGAAAAAUGUCAUCUCGAUUUGCAGGCGUUGCGGUGGCUCGGCCGGAAGACUCGUCGCAAAGUGGCAGUCAGCCUGUGGGGAAGGAGCCCCACGAGCGAAGAUCUCACCGGCAACGGAGCCCAACCGGGAGGAUUCUUGUGUCAGGGAAGAAGAUCACCGUCUCCACCAGCCAGUCCCAUGGUGAAGUCAGCGGCCAUGAUCAGGCAGUCCAGCCUCACCAAGCUGGGUGUCAUGAUUAACACCGCUGUCAACAGCAAACGGAAUAAUAGUAAUGGGGAGAUCCAGUGGUGUUUUUCACAGGUGAAAGGGACGCUUGACGAUGAUGUGACAGAGGCUGACAUCAUUUCCUGUGUUGAAUUUAACCAUGAUGGUGAUCUCCUUGCCACGGGAGAUAAGGGUGGAAGGGUUGUCAUCUUUCAACGAGAUCCGGUUAGUAAAAACUGCAUACCUCGGCGGGGAGAAUAUAACGUUUAUAGUACCUUUCAAAGCCAUGAACCGGAAUUUGAUUACCUUAAAAGCUUAGAAAUUGAAGAAAAAAUCAAUAAAAUUAGAUGGCUUAAAAGAAAAAAUCAAGCCCAUUUUCUACUAUCAACUAAUGAUAAAACUAUCAAGCUUUGGAAGGUAUCGGAACGUGACAAGAGAGUUGAAGGUUAUAACACCAAAGAAGAAAAUGGACAGAUGAGGGAUCCUUCUUGCAUCACAGCCUUACGGGUGCCCGUUAUAAAACCUAUGGAGUUGAUGGUAGAAGCUUCUCCACGAAGAAUAUUUGCCAAUGCACAUACCUACCACAUAAAUUCAAUUAGCGUAAAUUCAGAUCAAGAAACUUACCUAUCAGCAGAUGAUCUCCGAAUUAACCUGUGGCAUCUAGAAAUUACUGAUCAAAGCUUCAAUAUUGUAGACAUUAAGCCAACUAAUAUGGAAGAAUUAACGGAGGUGAUAACGGCAGCAGAAUUUCAUCCGAAAGAAUGCAAUCUUUUUGUGUAUAGUAGCAGCAAAGGAACUAUUAGGUUAUGUGACAUGCGUGCAGCUGCACUGUGUGAUAGGCAUUCAAAAUUGUUCGAAGAACCAGAAGAUCCAACUAAUCGGAGUUUCUUCUCUGAAAUCAUUUCCAGUAUAUCAGAUGUAAAACUGUCAAAUACUGGACGGUACAUGAUAUCAAGAGACUACUUGUCUGUCAAAGUGUGGGAUCUUCACAUGGAGACAAAACCUAUAGAAUCAUACCCAGUUCAUGAGUACCUGCGGUCAAAGUUGUGUUCAUUGUAUGAAAAUGAUUGCAUCUUCGACAAAUUUGAGUGCUGUUGGAAUGGCACAGAUACAGCCAUUAUGACUGGUUCUUACAAUAAUUUCUUUAGGAUGUUUGAUCGUACCACUCGAAGGGAUGCUACUUUGGAAGCAUCACGGGAUAUUGCUAAACCUAAAACAUUACUGAAACCCCGGAAGGUUUGUACCGGGGGUAAACGUAAGAAGGAUGAGAUUAGUGUUGACUGCCUAGAUUUCAACAAGAAAAUUCUUCAUACUGCAUGGCAUCCUUCAGAAAAUAUAAUUGCUGUUGCUGCCACCAACAAUCUCUUCCUUUUCCAGGAUAAGUUCUAGCACACAGGCAUACGACACACACACCAGGGCAAGAAAAGAGUUUUUCUUGUGAACAAGGGACCUCACAUUAACAUGGCAAAGUAUUCUAUGUGAAGUGCUAUUGACUGUAACUCAGUAAGCCUUACCAGUAAUUAAAAACGGAAGCUAUUAUCUGUAGACGACAGCUGCUCUGUGCAUAAGCAAUGUGUAGUCUGCUCAUUGUGUCUGAAGACGGGUUGAAGUUUCCAUGCUGAUUGAAAGAAGAAAAGAGGCAUGCGUGUCAGCAUGUUCCUUGUAUGUGAUGAUAAGAUGAUAGUGGCCCAGAAGAGAAGGAGAGCUUAGGAUCUGUGGAAGAUCGUUUUAAUGAAAUGAACUUAAAUGACUGUCCCCAUAUCUGUGAUCAGUUAAUAGGGAACAGUGGAAAAUCGUAAUAAAUACAACAGAACGAAGUGCUCCCACAUGGGGGCUGUAUAUACAAUGUUCUAGAGUAAUUUUUUCUAUAUACUUUUUUUAUUUUGCUGCCAUGCACGAUUCGUUGAAACGAUAAAGAAAGAUAGUACAUAAUGAACUGUAUAGGGCUUCGUAUUGCCAUAUGAACUCAUUUCAAUAAUUUGUACAGAUAACUGAACACAUGUUCUGUUCAUUGUAAUUGUAAGGAUGAUAUUUCUUUCCAAACUUUACUUCAAAAAGCAGAUGAUGAUUUAUAUUUUAGAAAUACUCGUGCUGUCCAAAUAAAACAACAGCAAAGUUUGGGAAGAAUGACAGUACAUACAUUUAAUGACUCAAUAAGUUAUAAAUAAAAGACAAUAGAAAUUAAUAAGAAGAAUUUGAGCUAAAAAUGCAACAGAAAUCUGGUGCAUCAAUCUUACAUCACAAGUUUUUCUUUGCUGCUUCAUUUUUUGUUUGUUAUUUUUGCUUCAUGGCUGGCAGUUGGGGGAAAAACACAAAGUGAUGCGUCCAUUGGAUUCUUCAUAUACUUAUAAAUAGGCACUGAUCAAUUGAAAAAAUGGAUUCCUAUUCGUGUGCCCCUUAUACAAUCAGGAACGUACCAUAAGUAUUCACUUUUUCAUGUGUACAUAAAAGCAUUAGUGAAGAAAUUUAAUCAGUGAUGAAUUCCGUAAAUUUAUAAUUAAAGGAAAAGCUAUGCAGUUAGUAUUAUGGGCAUAAACAUCAUUUUGCAUGGAUAUAUAAAAAGCAUGAACGCUGUACAAUAUUGUAUUACCAGUGCUUGGCCAUGUGUACAUUUUUUAUAUUUUUUUUAAAUGUAUGGACAUAAAAAUGCACAAAUCAUGUUGUUACAGUUGGUGAAGUGUGAUUGUGGCAAUGCUUUACCUUUUUCUCUCCCUGAUCAGAGUGAAUGAACUGAUGGCUACUCUUAAAGUUGAUAGAUUGUAAGGAAGUGCAGAACAUACAAAUUUGUAAUUCUUGCAUUUCCAAAAAUAUAAUUUGGUCUGUUUGUUAUGGAGUAUUGCAAGUUUUGUUUUUCACAUGGCUGCUAUACUGAAGAAUGCUGGUUAUUGUGACAGAAAAAUAUUGUGGGUAUAAUUAUAUAUUCUUAGAUGUUAAGAUAAAUGUUAGAACAGCUUGAACAUAUGGCUAUUUGAUGCAGAAUGUGCAAGUGAAAAUUGUUAACUUAUUUUGUGGAGUGAAUGAUCAUUUAUCAGAAAUCAUGAUGUGAAAUAACAGGAACAUUAAAUAUACUUUUCAUUUAUUUUUUUACUAUUUCUAUUGUUUAAUCUGGAUAUAUCACUACCUCUAUUCAUUGAUCCUAAUAGAUGUUGAAUUAUAUAGUUUGCCUUGUUACAUUAAUUAAUGAAUUUAUCUUGAAGUAAAUGAAUACAAAUUCUUUUGGUUAGAAAAUAAGUAUAAUAUUUUGUAAUUUAAGUGGGUAAGAGACUGGUAAGGAUUUUGAAUUAAAUUUAUUUGUACAUAGUUAAAUUAAGAAUUGGGAUUGGUGGUAAAAAAGUGUUUUUUUGAAAAAAUGUCUUUGCAAUAGGGAAAUCAAACUGAUUUCCAUUUUCAUGUACCAUUCUGAAGAUAUGCUCAUGGAAGAAAAAAACACAGCAAUACGUUUUUUGAGGACAGGAAUGUGGUUGAAUUCCUUCUUACUGUGAUGAUAGGGAAUGUGAUAUCAGAAACCUAUAGUAUUUUCAAUCUGUAUUCAACAUGUGCAUUGUAUAUUACUUCCCUAAGGAUUUUUAAGACAAGAACUGAAGGCAUAUUUUCAUUAUGCUAACUAAUAAACAAAGUUGAAUUUUGAAAAAUAAUUCAAUGUGUUUUGGUUAAAUAGAUUGAAAAGAUGACAAAAUUGUAACAGAUGAAGUUAUGACUAUUCCUUCAAAUGAUAUAAAAAUUCAAAUUUGUUGCAAGACUUUAUGUGCAUGUGAUAGAGUCAGAUAUAACUUUUUCACUGAAACUUGUGCUUUGUGCUGGCAGCAUGUACCUGAUGUUUCUGAUGCCUGUGGUUUCUCACCAGUGAAGGAUGAAAGCAACGAAUAGCUUUAGUUAGUUCAUUGUUUAGUUUGUGGAUGUGCUAAGUUCUUAAGUGCAUUUCAACAUGACUACUUUCUACCCAGGGUUAAGGGCAUUGUUUCAUGAGGAAGGAACUUUUAUUUUGAAUCUUUGUCUCUAUUGUCCCAAGUUAGAUAAUUUGAUAUACCAGUGCUCCUGAAAUGGGGUGAAAAUGUAUGGCAUACUGAACUGGUGUAGCAAUAUUUGUGAUAUGUAAUUGUAAUGUUCCAUGUUGUCUGUGCAUAUUGUUAAUUUUCUGAUCAUAUUUAUAAUAGAGUACAAGUCAAUAAGAAUUUCAUCCCAGAUUUUUGUCAGCUAAGUUCUUUGUAUUCUCUGCAUUGUCUUGAAUUUGGUGACGUCAUCCCUUUUAGAAGUGCGGUGUUGCAAAUACAUGUUUAAUUUAGUGGAAUGAAUAGAAGUAGGCCAUUUGUAUUUUCAAAAAGUGAGUGCCUUUUCAGUGAAUGUGCUUGUGACAAAUCCAGUUUUGUAACAGCAGAGUAGAGAACACAAAAUUUUAUGUUAAAUGUAAAGCUUUUAAAUGGAUCUAAGAAAAUAUUUGCUAUUUAUUAGCCUUGUUAGGGACAUUUUCUGGUGUAUUUUAGCAGUAUGGUAUUUCUCAGUUGUGUGAACAAACAAUCUAGCAAUUAAUGUUUGAUAUGUCUAAUGGCGUAGGAAAUUAUUAAGUAUUCUAAAUUAUAGAUGGAGGUAAUUUUCACUCCAAUUUUAAUUUUGUUUUGGUAAAAACCGUGUGAAAGAAGACCAGAUUUGAUUUAUUCUCAGAUUUAAAGUUUAGCAGAAGAAACUCUUGCUACAAGUUGAGAAAUACUGAAAUCAAAUUUUUGUGAUGUGGUUGCAAUUAUGGUCAUAACUUUUUUUUAGAUUUGUAUGUUGUAUCUUCCAUUUUGUCUCGUGUAAUUUAAUUUCAUCUUGUAUGUGAGUGUGUGUGGUUAAAAUUAGUCUUGUGUUUAACAAGAUGCAUUGUUGAAUGAGACUUCAUUCUGCGCAUGAAAGUUGAGUUGUCAAGAAACAGCUUUGUGGAAACCACAAGCUGGUCGACUGAUGUGACAACUGUGAUGAAUGAAUGACAGUGAAGAGGGUGGCAUUUGGUGUGUUUAGCUCAUGGAAUUAUAUUUUAUAACUUCACAUUCUGUGUCUAAUUGUAAUGUUUGGAAAUCUGAAGACAGGCCUUCUGUUUCAAUGUGAUCAUUUAUUAGUUUGAUUUAUUUGAAAGUAGGUUUGGUGGAAAAUAAAAGAAAUAGUGCUCUGUAAACCAGUUAGAAUAAAAAUAUAUAGAUGUACAAAUGAUGAAGUUAAUGCUAUGGUUCCUCGUAAUUAAUAAUGCUUGAUGUUAUAAGUUCUGCUAUUCAAUUGUGAAUAUUAAAACUUAUCGUAUGGAAAUAAUAAAUUUCUGUUAAAAUUAAAUAAAAUUUCUUUGAAAACCUAUUUUAAAAAUUGAAAUAAUUUAACGAUUUUAUUUAAAUUUUUCCUUCCUCUGUACCCGGCAGAGACAGUUCAUUUCAGCCAUUCAGAGUUAAACACUCCAUUGUAUAGCUAAGCAGAACAUUCUUUUCUGGUUCUUAAUUUUUUUUUCAUUUAUAAUCUAGAAUGAUUUCAUAUCAUGCUGUACUGUUUCGAUUUUCUUCCCAUUUUAAAUGUGUUUUUCUAAAUUGUCAUUGAUGGUGCUUUAUGGUUACAUUAAUUUUAAUAGCCAUAUGUUAAAGCAUGUUCCCAUGUGUUCAGGUAUGGAAUAUUUACUUUUGUUGCACUUAGGUUUCCUUACAGUAUUGAUCAGAAAAAUUAUUAUUAUUAUUUUUUUUUUUUUGGAAAAUUUAAUUUCUUUUUUAUCAGAAUGCUAAAUACUGAAAAAAAAUGACAGCUUAAAAUUACAGGUAAAAAACUAACUGUUACAAUCACAUCUUUGUGAAAUGUCUAUCAAAUUCCAUGCUUUGUAAUUUGGUCUAAAAACAACGUGAAUAAAUCAAGAAUUGAAUCAAACAGGCAUUUUCCAAUUUUUUAUUUAUGUUGUUUCAGAGAGAAGCUAUGAUGUAAGUAGGCAAUAACCAAAUUUGAG